UUUUCAUUUUCAUUCUAGCCAUCGCGUUGUUAAGACGUAGUCAGAACACCACAGAAAAAAAGUGUAAAAGGAAGAAAUAAAAAUAAAAACAAGAAGAAUUUUAACAACAUCCUAUUAAAGGUGAAAAGUUUACAGAAAAAAAAUUAAUAUAAAAACCGGAGAUUUAAAAAGCAAAGAACAAAAAAGUUUCCUUCAAGAACUUUUAAGUGAAAAAUAUUUAAAUACUUCAUUGAAUCAUCAAACAACUGCUUAUUCUUUGGAUUAAGUUAAAACAAAAUUAAAUCCAUCAUGGCUCCACUACAGGAAACAAUUUUAUCACAAAAUCAUCGUAUUGGCAUAGUGGAAACACCAGUACAGCAAUUUUACAGUAAAAAGUCAGUUUUCAUGACUGGAGCAACAGGAUUUUUGGGCAAAGUAUUGAUUGAGAAACUCUUACGCACCUGUUAUGUCGACACCAUUUAUAUUCUUAUAAGAAAUAAAAAAGAUGAGGACAUUCAUACAAGAAUGGAAAAGAUCUUCGACGAUCCACUGUUUGAAGUUCUCAAAAAAGAUCAACCAAAAUUUCGUCAUAAAAUUAUCGCCAUUAGUGGUGAUUGCAUGCUGCCGGGUUUAGGUAUCGAACCAAAUGAACGGGCUCUCCUAAUCAAGCAAGUAAAUAUUGUCUUUCAUGUAGCGGCAACAGUAAGAUUUGAUGAGAAGUUGAAACUGGCACUUGCUAUUAAUGUGUGUGGCACAAAAGAAAUACUGAAAUUAGGCAGGGAGAUGGAAAAUUUGAAGGCACUCGUUCAUGUAUCAACAGCAUACGCGAAUUCAAAUCGAUUUGAUAUCGAUGAAAAGUUUUACAAAAAUGAACUUUUGAGUGGUGAAAAUUCAAUAAAAUUGGCAGAAGCUCUUGAUGAAAAGACUUUAGAAAAAAUGACGCCAGAACUUCUUCAGAAUUGGCCGAAUACUUACACAUUCACGAAAGCUUUAGCUGAAGAUCUUGUCAGAACACAAUCAAAAGGCCUACCCGUUGCCGUCUUUCGACCUGCUAUCGUCAUACCAACAUCUAAGGAACCAGUUAAAGGAUGGAUUGAUAACAUGUAUGGUCCAACAGGAAUUGUCGUUGGAGUUGCCGCUGGGCUUUUGAGAGUUAUUUAUAUUAAUAAAAACAAUCAUGCCGAACUUGUGCCUGUUGAUUUGUGUGUUAAUUCACUCAUAGCUAGUGCGUACGAUAUUGGAAAGAAUUCUUAUGAAGAACCUCCAAUCUACAAUUAUGUUGCUUCUCCGAAAAAUCCUUUAUCUUGGCAACAAUACACAGAUAUUUCAAGAAAGCAUGGCGAACAAGUGCCGCUCUCUAAAACAGCUUGGUAUUACUCCUUCACAAUGACAGAUUCAAAGUUUCUCGUAACAGUUUUGACCUUCCUUUAUCAUAUUGUACCGGCAGCUUUAGUUGAUUUUGGACUUUUGGUGUGUGGCAAAAAACCAAAAUUGCUCGACACUUAUCGUAAGAUUCAUAAAUUGUGUGAUGUUCUUUCAUACUUCACACAUAAUAUCUUCCGAUUCAGCAACCACAAUGUGAAGAACUUGUACAGUAAACUCGAUGAUAGGGACAAAGAACUUUUUUACUUCGAUAUGGAUGAUGUUGAUUGGGAAGAAUUUCUUAAACAUAGCAUGAUGGGGAUUAGAAAAUAUUUAAUGAAAGAAGAUCCAAAAACAAUUCCAGCUGCUCAUGCUCGCUUUCAAAAAUUAAAAGUGAUCCACUACGCUGUUGUUUAUUCAUUUAGAGGACUUGUGUUAUAUUUACUAUAUAAACUUAUGAUGAGAUUUAUGGUGUUAACUCCAUGA